UCUCAGCUGAUCAACUCUGAGACCCCUCUCCUCUGCCCGUCCCCCACCUUCGAAAAUUCGAAACCCUAAAAAAUUAGGACUUUUCUUCAAAUUCCUAGAAUUUGAGGAAUCGGGACCUCGAUCGAAGCCUCAGAUCGUGUAAGGUUCCAAUUAGGGAUUUGGAUCUAGAUUCCAAAAAAAAAAUCUUGAAACUCGAUGCUUUCUCUCAGAUAAAAACCCCUGUUUCUUUUGCCAGUUUUCCACCUAAAUCGUUGGAGAGACAGGGGGAGGGAGACGAUCGGGAGCCCCAGACGCGGGAUGGAACGGUGGAGCACUCGGUAAGUGCUCAAAUGCACAUGCCGGAGCCAGUAGACGACGUCCGUGGCGGCGGCAGCGGCAGUGGCGGUGAUUACCAGAUGCAGUACGAGCAGGAGCCGGAGCUCGAGGUCCAACCCAGCAAUGGCGACGAUGGGCUGGAGGGUCCUCUCAGAUGCCUUCGUUGUGGCAUCAGUGCAAAGGCAACACCACACAUGCGCCGUGGCCCUGAGGGGCCAAGGACUCUAUGCAAUGCAUGUGGAAUUGCAUGGACAAAGAGUUUGUAUAAACAGGGAAAAAUGAGAAAAGUAAUCGACUCUGUUGCUCCUUUAGAUGAUGCUGCAAUUGCAAAAUUGGUGCCAGAAAUUGAUAUGGAGUUUGAAAGUGAAGAGAAGGCAUAUGAGUUUUACAAUAGAUAUGCUGGACAUGUAGGUUUUAGCGUGAGAAAAAGCUCUUCAGACAAGUCUUCUGAAAAUAUUACUAGAUCUAGGACAUUUGUAUGCUCAAGAGAAGGUUUCCGCAAGGACAAAAAAGGAGCAAAGGAAGUUAAGAGGCCAAGGCCAGAAACAAGAAUUGGAUGCCCUGCACGCAUGACUAUUAAAAUUACAUCAACUGGUAGAUACCGUGUAACUGAAUUUAUACCAGACCACAAUCAUCAGCCAGCACCCCCUUCAACAACUCACAUGUUAAGGUCACAGAGGAUAACCACUGAGCUUCAAGCUGUUGAAGCAGAUAUGUCAGAUGAUUCAGGAACAACGCCGAGAUCUACCAAUGAACCAGUGGGAAGACAAGUUGGUGGUCCUAGACAUGUCAAUUUUCUUCCUGCUGAUUACAAGAAUCAUCUCAGAUCAAAGCGUAUGAAAGCCAUGCAAACGGGUGAUGCAGGAGCUGUAUUAAAAUACCUACAGAGUAUGCAGCUUGAUAACCCCUCAUUCUUUUAUGCCAUCCAGGUUGAUGAUGAAGAUAAAUUGACCAACAUUCUCUGGGCAGAUUCAAAAUCUAUAUUGGACUUUAACUACUUCGGUGAUGUGGUGUGUCUGGACACUACUUACAAAAUAAAUGGAUAUGGUAGGCCAUUGACACCAUUCCUAGGUGUGAACCAUCAUAAGCAAACAGUUAUUUUUGGGGCAGCACUGAUUUAUGAUGAAUCUAUAGAAUCUUUCAAGUGGUUGUUUGAUACUUUCAAGAUUGCAAUGCGGGGAAAACAACCAAAGACGAUUUUGACAGACCAGUCUAUUGCAAUAAAUAGUGCAGUAGCUGCAGCAUGGCCAGGCACAAGUCAUCGUCUUUGUAUGUGGCAUGUCUACCAGAAUGCCGUCAAGCACCUUAAUCAUGUCUUCCAGGGUUCUAAAACUUUUGGAAAGGACUUCAGCAGAUGUGUUUAUGAAUAUGAGGAAGAGGAGGAGUUCUUAUUGGCAUGGAGAGCAAUGUUAGAGAAGUAUGAUCUAAGAAAUAACGAAUGGCUGGGCAAACUAUUUGAGGAAAGGGAUAAAUGGGCUUUACCUUAUGGUCGGCAGAUAUUUUGUGCUGACAUGAAAAGCACACUACAAAAUGAAAGCUUGAGUAGCGUGCUAAAAAAAUACCUGAGUCCACAAUUAGAUCUCUUGUCCUUCUUCAAGCAUUAUGAAAGAGUAGUGGAUGAACACCGCUAUGCAGAACUACAAGCAGAUUUUCAUGCAAGUCAAAGUUUUCCAAGAAUACCUCCAUCUAAGAUGUUGAGGCAAGCUGCCAAUAUAUACACACCUGUGGUGUUUGAAAUUUUUCGGAGGGAGUUUGAGAUGUUCAUGGAUUGUAUGUUGUACAGUUGUGGCGAAGUUGAUACAACAUCUGAAUACAGAGUUGCUGUCACUGAGAAACCUAAGGAACAUUUUGUUAGAUUUGAUUCAAGUGAUUGUUCUGCCAUCUGCAGUUGUAAAAAAUUCGAGUUUAUGGGGAUUCAAUGUUGUCAUGUACUGAAAGUGCUUGAUUUUAGAAAUAUCAAAGAGCUGCCUCAAAAGUAUUACUUGAAGAGGUGGAGAAAGGCUGCUAAGUCAGGAAAUGAGGGAGACAAUCGAGCAGUUGCAAAUGAUGGUGAUCACAGGUCCCCUACAAGUUCAUCAUUGAAUGUUCCAGUGUCAUCGUAUGCUCAACAACAAGGAUUCCACGGAAUGAGUCAAUUUAGUCAAGAUUCUCCAGUCUCUGAUUUGCAACCCAACUCAUUUCAUGGAAGCACUCAGUUAGCUCAGGGUUACACAGCUCCAGACAUGCACUCCCAGCCAUUUCUUGGGAGUUCCCAUCUGAACCAUCAGGGCAAUGACCCUGGUCAUUAAGAUGUUUCAGUUUAGCCCGGGUAUUUUCUAUGAAGUCUUUUUUUGCUCCAUAAUAUCACAAUUUCAAUGAGGAAUUGGGCUAUGGAAGGUAUUUUGAUGUAAACUAUAUUGCCUCAGAUGACUGUUGACUGAAGUUUUGUAUUCCAAUCAACUUCAACUGUAGUAGGUUAUGUGUGAGGCAGAACACCCAUUUGACCUGCAAAUAGUAAAUACAUUGCCUGCCUGUUGAUGGGUGAUGAUUGUGUCACGUGAUAAUGCUUUUCUGUAUUUUUAGGUUUAGUAUGAAUGUAUAUGUUGAAUGGUCAGGCCAUACUUUUAUUUAUGAACUUGUAGUUCUUAGCAUUAAGUUUCUGUUCUAAGUCACCCUUUUCAGCUA